AUGUCGACUGGAACUGCCCCAGUCACCGUACCGGUCAACGAGCCUCGUCGCGAGAGGAGACCUUCCGUCGGAGCUCCAAUUGCUGACCUACAGGGUCCUGUCGGCCCGGGUUUCAGUCGUCCCAAGCACAAACGUACCGCCACCGGACUGGGUCCUGCCGAGAUCAAGAAUGUCGAGGCUACCAUUCCGGAGCCCCUCCGCGAGGCCUGGCGAAAGCACUCGGCCAACGAGUUCACGAAUAAAGAGGAAUUCGAGACCGAAUUAGUCCGUCACAUCGAAACGACUCUGGCUCGCUCGUUGUAUAAUUGCGAUGAAUUGGCGGCGUAUUCAGGCACAGCCCUUGCCUUCCGAGACCGGUUGAUUAUUGAGUGGAACAGGACCCAGCAGCGCCAGACAUUCACCGAUCAGAAGCGUGUAUAUUACCUAUCUCUAGAGUUCCUCAUGGGACGUGCUCUUGACAAUGCUAUGCUUAAUGUCGGCAUGAAGGAUGCUGCUCGCGAGGGCCUCAAGGAUCUAGGUUUCCGCAUUGAAGAUGUCAUCAACCAAGAGCAUGAUGCCGCAUUGGGUAACGGUGGCCUCGGUCGCCUGGCGGCAUGCUUCUUGGAUAGUAUGGCGACGCUUAACUAUCCAGCAUGGGGAUACGGACUGCGUUACCGCUACGGUAUCUUCAAGCAAGAGAUCGUUAACGGAUACCAAGUGGAGAUUCCAGACUACUGGCUUGACAACAACCCUUGGGAAUUCCCUCGACAUGAGAUCACUGUCGACAUUCAAUUCUAUGGCAACGUGAAGAAAUACCAAGAUGAGAACGGCAAGAUAAUACACUCAUGGGAAGAUGGCGAGGUGGUUCAAGCCACCGCCUAUGACGUCCCAAUUCCUGGAUAUGGCACGAAAACUACCAACAACCUUCGCUUGUGGUCUAGCAAAGCUAGCAGUGGAGAGUUCGACUUCCAGAAGUUCAACGCGGGAGACUACGAGAGCGCCGUAGCAGACCAGCAGAACGCCGAGACUAUCUCGGCCGUCCUCUACCCGAACGACAACCUCGAGCGAGGCAAAGAGCUUCGCCUGAAGCAACAGUACUUCUGGUGUGCUGCCUCGUUGUUCGACAUUGUGCGUCGUUUCAAGAAGACCAAGCGCGCUUGGAAUGAGUUCCCCGAGCAGAUUGCUAUUCAACUCAAUGACACACACCCAACCCUGGCAAUUGUUGAGCUACAGCGAAUCCUCAUCGACAAGGAGGGCCUUGAGUGGGAUGAGGCAUGGAGCAUCGUGACCAAGACCUUUAGUUAUACCAACCACACAGUCCUCCCCGAGGCGCUGGAGAAAUGGUCUGUUCCUCUGCUUCAGAACUUGCUUCCGCGUCACUUGCAAAUCAUUUACGAGAUAAACUUGUUCUUCUUGCAAUCUGUCGAGAAGCGAUUCCCCAAGGAUCGGGACAUCCUGUCCCGUGUCUCCAUCAUCGAAGAGUCGCACCCGAAGAUGGUUCGCAUGGCAUACCUUGCCAUCAUUGGAUCUCACAAGGUCAACGGAGUGGCUGAGUUGCACUCUGAUCUACUCAAGACUACUCUCUUCAAAGACUUCGUGGAGAUCUACGGACCCGACCGCUUCAUGAACGUGACUAAUGGUAUCACACCCCGGCGCUGGCUUCACCAGGCCAACCCUCGGCUGUCUGCAUUGAUCGCAGAGAAGCUUGGCGGGUACGACUUCCUGAAGGACCUUACUCUCCUGGAUCAGAUUGAAGCCUUUGUGGAUGACAAGGCGUUCCGCGAAGAGUGGUCCCUCAUCAAGCGCGAGAACAAACUCCGUCUUGCCAAGCACAUUAAGAGCACUACUGGAUUUGACGUCAACCCCAAUGCACUUUUCGACGUGCAGGUCAAGCGAAUUCAUGAGUACAAGCGUCAGCAACUCAACAUCUUCGGAGUCAUUCAUCGCUACCUCAGCAUUAAGGCUAUGUCCGACGAGGAGAAGAAGAAGUUGGUACCUCGUGUCUCCAUCUUCGGUGGCAAGGCCGCACCGGGAUACUGGAUGGCGAAGACAAUUAUCCACCUCAUCAACAAGGUGGCCGAGGUUGUGAACAAAGACCCCGAGGUCGGCGAUCUCUUGAAGGUGAUCUUCAUCGAAGACUACAACGUCAGCAAGGCAGAGAUCAUCUGUCCCGCCUCGGAUAUCAGCGAACACAUCUCCACUGCCGGAACCGAAGGUAGCGGUACCAGUAACAUGAAGUUCGUCCUGAACGGCGGUUUGAUCAUCGGCACCUGCGAUGGAGCAAAUAUCGAGAUCACCCGUGAAAUCGGCGAGCAGAACAUCUUCCUCUUCGGCAACCUCUCCGAAGACGUCGAGGAUCUCCGCCAUCGUCACUUCUACGGCGACUUCAAGCUCGACCCACAGCUAGAGCGCGUCUUCGACGCCAUCAAGAGCGACACUUUCGGCGACAAAGGUGACUUCUCCGCUUUGACAGCCUCUAUCGAAGAGCACGGUGACUACUACCUUGUCUCGGAUGAUUUCAACUCCUACAUCACCACGCAGGAUAUGGUCGAUGAGGCUUUCCAAAACCAAGAGGAGUGGUUGGCUAAGUCUAUUACCUCUGUUGCGCGCAUGGGCUUCUUCUCCAUGGAUCGCGUUACCAAUGAGUAUGCUGAUAGUAUCUGGAAUGUUGAGCCUUUGCCUGUGAGGGAUUAA